GGCCAAUAGAAGACCAUUUAACCAAAAUGAAGUUACUAAUCCUAUUCUUAGCCGCAUUGGGCGCAGCUUCCGCACGAAUGAGGGGACAUACUGUCAAAGGCUGAUGAGGAUGACCAAGUGCAUCACCAGCUAAGCCAAGGAUAUGAAUUCUAAGGAAAUCAAAUAAACUUGCAUGCUCUAAAAGCAGUUCCAGCUGAAUCAUUAAUCCAUCAUUAGGCAGGAACAUAGUGAACGUGAAUUAAACGUUAGAUUAGAUUAGGAAUUUACCAGAGGCACAUUAUGUAGCUGAUAGUUUCAUUUAAUUUAAAUAAUCCCGGCAAAAAGUGUUCUAUGCACAGUGUGACCAUAAGAAGACAUAUUUUAUACUGCCACAAGAAAGUAAACAAAACAUGGAAGUGAACUCCAAACUUAGGGAUCUCAUCCUGAACACCCACGUGCCUUUGGUACUGGACCAGUUUCCGCUGAAAUGGGCGUGCUUCGAGGGAUCCCUCCACGACUGGUGCAAGCGAUUCGACCAGGAGGCCACCUGUUUGCCAGCCUUCGAGCUGAUGGCCUUGGCGGACAGUAGUACGCCGCAGUGGGAGCGAAAGCGGACCAAAUCCUGUCAGCAGCUUAACAUGGAGCAAUUCCUGCGGAAGUACGACGUGCUGAAGAAGGAGCACACCCACUGGGCGGCGUACCAGUACAAGAAAGCCGACGAAGUGCCACUUAGUUGCCGGAGCGGCAUCGAUUUCUCUAGCUUCGGCUUCCUGGACAACGGCAACGACUACCGCUUCUGGCUGGGAUCGGAGCAGGCCAACACACCUUGUCACUACGACACCUUUGGCGUGAACAUAGUGGUGCAGGUGCAUGGCUGCAAGUCGUGGCUGCUCUUUCCGCCCGAGACGCCGCUGCAGAGCACCAGGAUACCCUACGAGGAGACCAGUGUCUACUGUCUGGAGAACUUUUACGCCCCGGAUCCGGCAAAGAUUCAGAGCUACGAGCAUCUUAGCCGACAGGCCUAUCACUGCAACCUGCAGCCGGGCGACGUACUAAUCGUGCCGCGUAACUGGUGGCACUACGUUGAGGCCAAGUCCACGUCGCUGAGUGUCAACUACUGGGUUCCGCUAAAGGUGGACACGGACCUGAUGUUGGACGAGUUUCUGGCCAUGCACAUCGUGGAGAGCUUUGUCAGGGGGGAGAGCAAUCAAGUUAAGCAGUAUUUGCUGAAUCCCAACCAGCUGGAUAACGUGUCUACCAAGCCCAGCGAUCUCUUUGCCCAGUUCGAGCAGGCGGUGCAUAACUUAGAGAGUGGCCAGAGCACCCGACAGCUCUACGAUACCGACUACAUGAGCCAAGCGGAUUGGAAAACUUUGUUGAACGGUAUCAACCUAUCAGUGCGCCCUUUGGAAGUGAUGCCCCACGAGGAGUACAAACUGCUCCUCAACGCCAACUCCAAGAGAUUCCGAGCAGCUGCCAACCCACCGGAGACAACUCCUAUUAGUUCCACUUGUGAGCUUCUAGUGAGCAGCAUGUGUGAUCCACGCGUAAUUGCCGAAAUAAAGCGCGAGUUCUUCCGCAGACUAGGAAAAAGUAACUGCCUCUAGCUUAACACACGUGUCUAGGGUAAGAACGUUUACUGUGAUACGUGAUAAUAUUGUUGCAUAUAUGAGAUUAAAAUCCAAUAAGCCAUCAA